UAUCUUGUUGUCUGUCAUCGUCUGUUUCUCCCAGCUAUCUGUGUUCCCUGUGCAGUGGCCCUGCUGUGUCUUGUAACCCUCCUCUCAGGGCCACCUGUUCCUUCAAGGCCACAUUCUCAUUCCUCAUUCCCCUGCACAUGUGUGCCUGUGUCGUGCCGAGUGCAGCCCAGACAAAUAGGCCUGACAGAAACACAAGCAGUGAACAGGGCAUCUGGAGAUUAUACUGUCAUCUCUCUGAAGCUCUGCCUGUGAGGGCUUGACUAUGGGCUGUGUCAAGAGUAAAGAGGACAAGGGUCCUACACAGAAGUACCGACCAGAUCCCACCAAUUCCACCCCUGGGUCACACAUGGGUCUCUACGGACCAGACCCCACUCAGAUGGGCCAGUCACCUGCCCUGAAGGGCCCCACCAACAACUACAACAGCCGCACAACUGGGCUCACUCCGUUUGGUGGCUCCUCCUCUGUCAUCACACCCUUCGGUGGAGCCGCCUCCUCUUCCUUCUCCACUGUUGCUGUGAGCAACCCCUUCCCUGGUGCCGUCACAGGCGGUGUAACUUUCUUUGUGGCCUUAUAUGAUUAUGAAGCCAGGACAUCAGAUGACCUCUCCUUCAAGAAAGGCGAUAGAUUUCAGAUCAUCAACAACACAGAAGGAGACUGGUGGGAGGCUCGUUCCAUCAACACGGGGCAGAAAGGCUACAUUCCCAGCAAUUACGUGGCCCCUGCAGACUCCAUCCAAGCGGAAGAAUGGUACUUUGGCAAAAUGGGUCGUAAAGAUGCUGAGCGACUGCUACUGGUUCCCGGAAACCAGCGGGGCACUUUUUUGGCCAGAGAAAGUGAGACCACUAAAGGGGCUUACUCCCUUUCAAUACGGGACUGGGAUGAGAUGAAGGGAGACAACGUGAAACACUACAAAAUCCGAAAGCUUGACAACGGAGGCUAUUACAUCACCACAAGAGCUCAGUUUGACACUCUACAGAAGCUGGUGAAGCAUUACACAGAGCAUGCGGAUGGGCUGUGCUACCGACUGACCACAGUGUGUCCGACGGUGAAGCCCCAGACUCAGGGUCUGGCUAAAGAUGCAUGGGAAAUCCCACGAGAGUCACUGCGUCUAGAGCUCAAGCUGGGUCAGGGCUGCUUCGGAGAAGUCUGGAUGGGUACAUGGAAUGGCACGACUAAAGUAGCUAUAAAGACACUGAAGCCGGGCACCAUGUCUCCUGAAGCCUUCCUGCAGGAGGCCCAGAUCAUGAAGAAGCUUCGGCAUGACAAGCUGGUGCCCCUGUAUGCUGUAGUGUCUGAGGAGCCAAUUUACAUUGUCACUGAGUACAUGGGAAAAGGGAGUUUGCUGGACUUCUUGAAGGAGGGUGAGGGCAAGUACCUCAAGCUGCCCCAGCUGGUAGACAUGGCUGCCCAGGUGAGAGAAAAACCCAACCACGAUCCACUGGUCUGCAAGAUCGCCGACUUUGGCCUGGCUAGACUGAUUGAAGACAACGAAUACACUGCAAGACAAGGAGCCAAGUUUCCCAUUAAGUGGACUGCACCAGAAGCAGCGCUGUACGGCCGAUUCACCAUCAAAUCUGACGUCUGGUCCUUCGGUAUCCUGCUAACUGAGCUGGUGACCAAGGGCAGAGUGCCAUAUCCAGGCAUGGUGAACCGAGAGGUGUUGGAGCAGGUGGAGCGUGGCUACAGGAUGCCGUGUCCUCAGGGCUGCCCGGAGUCGCUGCACGAAAUGAUGCGGCUCUGCUGGAAGAAGGAGCCAGACGAGCGGCCCACUUUCGAAUACAUCCAGUCCUUCCUGGAGGACUACUUCACUGCCACUGAGCCACAGUACCAGCCCGGAGACAACCUGUAGAGACCUUCUACGGGAGCCAGAGACUCACCACCACGUGCUAAUAAGCCCCCGGGACGGUUCCCAAACCCAUUGUGGCACCUCCUCCCUACAGCUCCCCUGCACACUUGUCCUUACAGAGAUGUUUUUGUUUUUCCUUUACCCUCCCAGAGCCAAACUUAAAAACACGAUUAGUGCAUAAAACGUAUCUUUUACAGCAGAUACAGGCUGUUCUCUGCCUGAGGAUGUGUGUGGUGGAGUUGACGAGGGUGUGU